CUAUAUCCUACUAAUAGUUACAACAUAUUUUACCACAUAAAAUAUAUUGUAAUUAGUACCAGUAAACAUGGUGAAACAUUUAGGUCAAUUUAUUAUUAUUUAUCAUGAUUACAGAUUAAUAUUGGCUAUGAUAGAAAUUACACUACGCAAGACCACAAUGAGAGACACUAUUUUGUCCAAGGAAGCAGCAGCUGCACAAUAUUACACCAGCAAGUUCAUUUGAGGAUCCGUUGAGAGUGGCAUGUGGUUCCCUCAGAAGAUCAGCCAUGUUCAAAAGAGGGGGCAAUAUGACAGAGGCAACAGAGAACCCUUUUGCGUCGCUCCAUUAUUCAAAUGUUUACCUCACUAUACUGGCACUGUUCGGCUUCAAGCUUUUUAUCAAGAUAAGUCUGAACUGCCUGUCUUACUUUUACAUCAUCAGGGGGAACCGCAAGGAGGCAGCCAGGAUAUCCGCGGAGUUCUAUGAUUUUGGUCAAGGACAUAGGUCCUGGGCAGACCGUUCUCCCCUGCAUGAUGCUGCAUGCCAGGGUCGUCUUCUGGUCCUGAGAAAUCUCAUUUUAAAGGGCCACAAUGUAAAUGUCCUGACACUAGACCAUGUGAGUCCUCUCCACGAGGCCUGCGCUGGAAACCACGUAGCGUGUGUCAGAGCGCUGAUCACUGCAGGAGCCAAUGUGAACGUCACCACCAUUGACGGGGUGACCCCCCUGUUCAACGCAUGCUCAGUGGGCAGCGUCUCCUGUGCAGAGGUCCUCCUGGAGAACGGAGCCAAACCACAGGGUUUGGUGUUCCAACCAUCGCCCAUUCAUGAAGCCUGCCGUAAAGGCAGUGGAAGGUGUGUGGAUGCCCUGGUCAGAGCCGGAGCAGACGUGGAGUUUGACACCCCCCACAUGGGAACGCCCCUCUAUACCGCCUGUGUCUCCCAGGAAAUGGAAUGCGCCCGCAGGCUGCUGAGGGCAGGUGCAAACGUACAGAAAGGUAAAUACAUGGAGUCUCCGUUGCACGCUGCCGCUGGCAAGGACAGCACAGCCAUUGUGAAGCUGCUGUUGGACUUUGGUGCCGAUGUCAACGCCAGGAAUAUGGAGUUACAGAGACCCGUCGACGUCGCUCCUCCCAGCAGUCUGACGGAGGGGUUCCUGCUGGUCUACGAGGCCACGCCGCGCCUCUUGAGUCAGAUGUGUCGACAGGUCAUCCGUGACCGUCUGGGCCGUGACAGGUUUCAUCUCAUUAAGGCUCUACCCCUGCCCAAGCGCCUCAGGAACUAUAUUCAGUACAUGUGAUGAAUCACAGUCUCAUAGGUCGCAUGAGGGUGAUGGCAUCGUUCUUGGGUCAGUCAUUCAUGGGAACUCAAACGCUUUCAUGGAUUGGUGGAGGAUGUCUGACGCAGCAAGCACAUGGAGACAUCGCCCUGCACAGGGGCAUCCAAUGGGUGUCCUGACUCUCUAUGGUCACAAAAAAAUCCAAUGAAAUUUAUCAAUUAUUACCUCUCCUCCGCCAGUAACACAUUAUUUAGUAGUACAAAUAAAUGUAUGCAAUUAGUGA